AUGGGCUGCACCUCUUCCACACCGAUCCACGACCCUCCGCCAGAGCACCGCGGACCGCCGGCACCGGCGCCACCGGCGCCACAGGCCUCGUCUGUCAAGACGACGCCGGCCAAGGUCGAAGCCUUCCAAGCCAAGUUUGCCGAGCUGCUCCCCAGGACGGUGCGGGAGGUCUGGCAACUCUGGACCGAGCACGUCCCCGAGACGACCUCACUCAGCAUCUACCUCGCGAUCAUUCCCGCCGAUCUAAUCCUGGCCUAUGUGGUCAACGGCGAGCCUGGAGGGCCCCAGCCACCUGAAGAUCCAACGCGGUUCACCAACACGUUCAUGCCGAUCGCCAUGCUGGGCGGGCCCCGUACCCGCGGCGAGGACUACCCCGCGCGCAUCCUCGUCCGAUACACGGGUGGCGCGCCCCACGACAAGGUCGACGUCGACAUGACAUGGGACCCGCUGCCGUAUGUCGGCGCCAGCGUCGAAGACGGGCUGAAAGACCUCUUCGCAUGGCACCCUGCCGCCACCUCCCUCGGCUACGACGGGGCGCGGGACACCGUGAACCGCAAGGGGGGCGUCGUGGCCCCGAGCGAUGCCGUGCUCCGCGGUGUCGCAGUCGACGAUGUCACCCCCAAGUCGUUCACCUGGUCGGCAGACUUCAAGCGCCGCCUCGGAGCCGACCUUACGAUGCCGACAGCAGCUAAGGCGCGCGAUUUUGACGCGGCGCUCGCGCGGGCCGUUCCCUCGGUCGUGCGCGGGCUCUGGCGCCUGUGGGAGUCCUCAAUCCCCGGCGCCAACGAGAUAAACGUGUUCGCCGCCCUCUUCUCAAGCGGCAUGCUCAUGUCCAACGUGGCGGCCGGGAAGGGCGGCGACGAGCCUGACAUGAUGGCGCAGAUGGGGCUCAUACAGGAGAUCAACGGCCUGACGCCCCUCACCGAGCGUGGCGCGGGACAGCGUGGCGUCGACUUCCCCGCUCUCCUGCUUAUCCGCUACAAGCCCAACAGCGUCGAUAUCGACGUUGUAUGGGACCCCGCCAUUACUGGCGACUAUGGCGGCGCGACACGCAAGAUGCACGACUGGCGCGCCUCGAUGGCCGAACAGGGCCACGAGGCCGCCAAGCGGGCCGUCAUCCCCAACGGCGCCGACGAGACGGCCGUCGGCGUCCCUGUCAGCCAGCUGUCGGCGCGUUCGUUCCAGUGGUCCGAGAAUUUCAAGGCCAGACUGGGCGCGUAG